AGCUGCGAGCAAAUAAGUCGGUGUCAUUACGUUGCCUCAGAGCGAACCAAUCCGGUUCGAACUUUUAAGAGGCGGGGCUCUUCGGUUUGGAGUAGCGUUGUUCACAACCGACAUAAGGUGAAAGCGUAAUUGUAAGAGGAAUGUCUCCAGAGGAUGAACUCCAAAGUCCCCCCCUUGGUUUCAGCUCUACCAGGGAGGAUCUCCCUCUGAGCUGUGGUGAUCUAGAUAGCUCUCAUGAGCAGGGGAGAAGGAGCAGGGCACACACCAGUCUCCGGACAAGAACCCCAGAGACUAACAUCAGUUGCCAUGGAGACUUUGCCAGUGAAAAGAGCCCUUUCCUGCAGAUACUGAAGGAUGCAGAAGCAGCUGCCAACUCUGCAGCCAUACAACUUGUGUCUUUUAAAGAUGCGAUGGAGGAUGAAUUUGCUGACUCAAGACAGUCUUCCAUGGAUAAGCGUCGGAUUUCGAGGCAGAGAGGACUUUUGCUGCAGAAGUUGGAGGAUUUUAGACGAAUAAAUAAGUCUGUUCGACAGAAAGUGAAACAGCUGCAGGAUGCUGAGGCUGAUCGAGUUGAUGCCAACCAACAGAUUGACAUCUUACUGAAGAGGAUCUCACAGGCUGAAAAUGAAAAUGAGCUUUUAAAUAAAGAUUUGAGUGAUGCAGAAAGAAGAGUCGAGGAGCUGAUGGAUCUGCGGAGAGAAGAGCAGGAGAACAUAAAGACUGCAGUUCACAUGACCAAGUCUGUGGAGGCGACCCGCGCCCACCUGCAGGGGCAGCUGCGCAACAAGGAAGCUGAGAACAACCGUCUGACUGCGCAGCUUCGGACUCUGGAAAGAACCCUGACUGAACAGAAGAUGGAGACUGACGAUCUGAGAGGCUCCAUUGCUUCUCUGACAGAGAAGGCAGCACAAGACAAAGAAUCUCUCAAGAAAGCCACCAGAGCACAGAAGCUGAGAGCUAAGAGAUUCGAAGCUGCCAUUGAGAAAUGCUAUGCACAGUUGAAGGAGAAGGAUGCUCAGCUGGUCAAUGCCCGUUUGGAGAGAGACUCCAUCAGACGGCAAAAGCAGCAGAUGACAGAUGAGAAAGACAAGCUUGCUGCUCAUGUAGAGUUAUUGAAAAGUCAAAUCGCAGGCUUGACAGCGAGGCUGCAGAGGGAGAAGGAUGAGCUAACCGCAGCUAAUGAAAGUGUGAUGCAACGUGUUGAAAAACUCAGCGCUGAAAACGGAGACCUCAGCGUCAAUAAUGCAGCACUGAAGGCAUCUGUUGCUCGGUUGGAGCAGCAGCUGGCUGACUGUGAGUCUGCUCUGGUAGAGGAGAAGGUCGUGUCUGAGGAGAGGAAACAUCAAGCUGAACAGUGUCAAUAUCAGGUUGCAGAACUUCAAGUUGAGAUAGGUGAUCUCAGGAUAAAACAUGCAAAUAUUUUAAGAGAGACGGAGAAGAUGUGUGAUGGGAAAGAUGUUGAAGUUGAGAAGAUGGAGAGUCAGGCAAAAUUGUUGCAAUCACAUGUGGAGAUGAAAGAGUCUGUUCGUGAGGCCAAUGUACAACUACUAGAGAAAGUGAAUUCUCUUCAGAAGCGGAUGGACAAGGUGCAGCAGGAGAACCUGGAGCUCGUACAGAGGCUCGCCGCUCAGGAGGAAGCUCUGAGCUACAGCAACCAGCAGCUGGAUCAGCGCUCGUCGGAGUGCCAGGCCCUUACCCGACAGCUGGAGGCGGCUUUAUCAGACGUUAAGCAACAGGUCAACAAGGUAAAAGACCAGGCUCGCUCCAGAGAAGAGGCUCUUCAGGCCAAAAUCCUGGAGCUGGAAGCAGAGAAGAGCAGAAGAGACAAUGAGCUGAGGCUUCUUCGUCAGAGUAAGAAGACUGCAGAGAGACAGUUUGAGAUGCGUCUGAAGGACCUGCAGCUCAGCCUGGACCAAUCAGAGAGCCACAAACAAAGCAUUCAGAACUAUGUUGAUUUCCUCAAAAACUCCUACAAGACAAUGUUCGAUGAGGGACUGCAAACUUCGACUUUUGGAUCGUCAUAUUUCCUGAAAUGAUUCAUCUGUUGAUGUUUUAAAUUUUGUAUUUAUUUAUUUGUUUUUGUGCACUGUAAUAUUUAUACGGCCUAUUUAAAAAAUGAGAAUGGGGGAAAGAGUUCAAAUCACUUUUAGAGGAAGUAAAAGCUUACUUUUUUAUAGCUCUGGGCUUUCUUUAGACAUCUACAAGUAUAUUUAGGUGACCCCCAGAUGUCAAGGAAAUGUGCUGCUGUUGUGAGAGGUUUCGACACCUGUUUUUAUCUCAUGUCUCAAGAGACAUUACAUAAUAUUUUCACAUGUAUGCAAAUUUCGGACUGUGAACUCUUGGUGCUACUGUUAUUCCCAUACCGCAAGGAGUCAGUUGCAUAAAUGUAGUUAAAGACUAGCCUAAGCUUUACACACGUCUGAUGAACAUUUGGCAUAAAUAUUACUCACUGACUUACUACUCAACACCAUAGCUCUUUGUUCUGUUGUUACAGCCUCAUCUGUGCUGACAAGAAAUUAAUUGCCAGCAAUGUUGAAUAUUGGUAAAUUGCUGUUAUUCACUCCUGGGAUGGGAUAAAAUAAGCAAUUUAAAUUGGGUAUAAAGGACAUUUUACAGUUUUCUGACUCAUAGACUGCAUGAUACAUACAAAUAUUUAAGGGGAUUUUAGCUGGGGUAAAGUAAUGUGGCACUAGGUGGAGCUGUUUUGUUAGCCAUCUUUUCUCCUCUUGUCAUGUGGAGUCUUUUACCCACAGUCCAUUGAGCAUUUGCUCAUCAGUCUUAUCUCAGUCACUGCUAAAUGAGCUCUGUGAAACUGUGUGUAUUGCAAGUGUCUAAGUCUAAAUUUGUGCGACUGGCUCCAGAUUGAAAAGGGUUGUUUGUCAUAUUUUGAAGCCACACAUACACCUAAUUAUGACAACAGUCAUUAACCAGUACAAGUAAUGCUUUAAAACCAAAUAUUAUGUAGACGCGUGUGUCACAGCCAAGUUUGCCUGUGGUAGAAUAAACCACAUUUAACAUAGUGCUCCACUUAGACAUGAACAUGAUCCAGGUUUUCACCCAUUAAAGUCAUCGUCAUACUUCUGCUGAUGUUAACUGUUAAUCCUGCUGAUACUACUGAACCAGCCUGUGUGUGUUUAUGUCGUUCUCGAAAUCAUAGGAAGGUGUGACGUGUAUUGAAUGUGUUUAUGCUCUGGUUCCCAGCUGGACUGAGAUGAAUGCGGCUGAAAAUGAAUUGUGUAGCUGUCAGUUGUGAAGCCUGUGCCUUUAGGGUUGCAAAUAUAAUUACUGAGAUACAUGCAACUCUGGGAUAUUUCCAAACCGCUGAUGCUGGUUGGCUCUCAUGCUUUUGUAAUGGAGGCUUUUAUAUUACAGAGGCUUAGGGGCAGAGGAAGGUACAGGUAUCGGCUGCAGCACGAUUUACCUAAAAACUGAACAUUUGUCUCGUACUGUACUUGGAUCUUGUUGUUCUCCUGUUGUUGCUUGCUUUGUGGUCCCGUACUGUAUCUAUGGUAAUAAACUACUGUGGUCCAGA